AUGGCUAGUUACGCUUUCUCUGCUUUGCUUAGGCUUCUUCUGCAAUUUAUUUUGCUUUUCAACUUAGUAGACGGAAGUAACACUACAACAGGGUCAAUUGAGACGACCUCAAUUCCUCGGAUCGAUGUUGUUACUGAGAGUGACAUCAACACAACCAUAACGACUAACAAUAUAACUCCGUCAACAACAAAGACUUCAACAAAGAGCAUUAUAAGAACUAAUCCAACAACGGUUGGGGGUGCGACUACACCUUUGUCCUAUACUGUUGGUGAAACAAGCCCUAGCACUGUUGAUAAAACAAAUCCAACAACUGGAACCAUAACCACCGAAUCAACUCAAACGAGUAUUGAGACAGCUGAGCCCAUUACUACAACAAUGGCUACUUUGGCCACAGAAGUUCCUGUCGAUGUGACGACAGAGGGCGAUUCAGCAGGAUUCUCUCCUACAGGGGAGAUGGUCACAGGGUUAGCAAUGGGGUUUGGUUUCUUCUUUGGACUACUCUUCAUCAUUUGCUUAUUCUGGUGGUUGUGUUGUAACAAGUUCAUGGAUGAGCAAAAAGCCAAGAGAAGAAUUGUACCAAUAUCUGAUGAUGACUUGAGCAACUUAAAAGGCUCUGGUACUACAUCAAGGGAGUCUAUGUGA